AUGGCUGACGAAAAGCCCAAGGAAGGAGUCAAGACUGACAACAACGGUCAUAAUAAUUUGAUGGGGCAGGAUGGUUCUGUGGUGCAGUUUAAGAUUAAGAGGCAUACACCACUUAGUAAACUAAUGAAAGCCUAUUGUGAACAACAGGGUUUGUCAAUGAGGCAGAUCAGAUUCCGAUUUGAUGGGCAGCCAAUCAAUGAAACAGACACACCUGCACAGUUGAAAAUGGAGGAUUAAGAUACAAUAGAUGUGUUCCAGCAGCAGAC